CGAGUUUCAUCAGAUCAAUAACCCCGCGUCGUGAAAACUACUCUGUGCCUCCACGCCACGCAAAUCCAAGAUUGUUUGGCAACUUGUUAAACUAGGUACUGACUAGACAAAAGCUAUUCCUGGUUAUCGGUUCUCAUUUUUCAUCCUGUUUGGUUUUGUGUACCCACCAUAUUUUUUAUGGCGGUCCACACAAGCAUUCAGCUUUUAACGUAUUCUCAGGAGCUUGUGGAAGGACAGCCACUGUAUGUCUCUUCAAAUUGUCUUCCUGUUAAGGCUUCAAAAUAUGAACCUGCUGGACUUGCUUUUCAUAAUGUUGCUCUUAAACUCCUUGGUUGUGAAGAGGAGGAUACUGAGGAAGUUGAUGACCAGAAAGUUGGUAAUGAUAAGGAGAAUGUAUAUAUGCCAUCAUCUGAUUCAUAUAGCAGCAAAGGGAAAAAGAAAUCUGGUGCUGAUGGCAAGCAGCAAGAUCAUUAUGCGUUGCUUGGGUUGAGCCAUUUGAGAUAUCUUGCCACUGAGGAUCAGAUAAGGAAAAGUUAUCGUGAAGCUGCCUUGAGAUAUCAUCCUGACAAACUCGCAAAUCUUCUUCUUGCAGAGGAGACCGAGGCUGCAAAACAGGCGAAGAAGGAUGAAAUAGAUAAUCACUUCAAGUCCGUCCAAGAAGCAUAUGAGAUUUUGAUCGAUCCUGUAAAGAGAAGAAUCUAUGACUCCACUGAUGAGUUUGAUGAUGAAAUUCCUACUGAAUGUGCCCCACAAGACUUCUUCAAGGUGUUUGGUCCAGCGUUCAUGAGGAAUGGCCGAUGGUCAGUGGCCCAACCUAUCCCAACUUUGGGAGAUGACAGUACUCCACUAAAAGAUGUCGACAAUUUCUAUAAUUUUUGGUAUUAUUUUAAAAGCUGGAGGGAAUUCCCUCAUGCAGAUGAGUAUGACCUUGAACAAGCUGAGUCUCGUGACCAUAAAAGGUGGAUGGAGAGGCAGAAUGCAAAACUGUCUGAGAAGGCUAGGAAGGAGGAAUAUACUCGGAUACGUGCACUUGUUGACAAUGCCUUUAAGAGAGACCCGAGAAUACUUAGGAGAAAGGAAGAAGUGAAAGCUGAGAAACAGAGGAAAAAAGAAGCUAAGGUUCGUGCAAAGCAGUUGCAGGAGGAAGAAGCUGCUAGGGCUGCUGAAGAGGAGAGACGCCGGAAAGAGGAGGAGGAGAAACGAGCGGCUGAAGCUUCUUUACAGCAUAAGAAAAUAAAGGAGAAAGAGAAGAAGCUUCUCCGCAAAGAAAGAACUCGCCUUCGAACACUUUCUGCACCUGCUUUAUCACAACAUUUGCUUGAUCUUUCCGAGGAUGAUGUAGAAAGCCUAUGUAUGACCCUUGGCAUUGAGCAGCUUAGAAGUUUAUGUGAUAAAAUGGAUAACAAAGAAGCACUAGAGCGGGCUAAAAUAAUUAAAGAUGCUCGUGGAUACAAUAGGGAAGCGAAUGAGAAAAAAAUAGAUGAAGCGAAUGAGAAAAAAAUAGAUGAAACGAACAAGUCACAGCCGAAUGGUUCUGUGGAGUCCAAUGGAAAUAUCCUAUCAAGCAGCUUUGAGAAGAAGGAGAAACCUUGGACCAAAGAAGAGAUUGAGCUUUUGAGGAAAGGAACCCAGAAAUAUCCAAAAGGUACAUCUCGGAGGUGGGAGGUUAUUUCUGAGUUCAUUGGUACAGGUAGAUCUGUGGAAGAAAUUCUGAAAGCCACCAAAACAGUCCUCCUUCAGAAGCCUGAUGCUACCAAAGCAUUCGAUUCUUUUCUAGAAAAGAGGAAACCAGCAGUGUCUAUUGCCUCUCCACUUUCUACUAGGGAGGAAGUACAAGGGGUUUCUACACCUUCAAAGACUGAAAACACGGCUGUCAAGACAAGCAGCCCCGGGGACUCUGGUAAAACUGCAAGUAGUCCUGUUGAUGUGGCUUCCAGCAAUGGUGUUUCAUCAAGUUCAGAACAAGAUGUAUGGUCAGCUGUACAAGAAAGAGCACUGGUUCAGGCUCUGAAGACAUUCCCAAAGGAAACCCCUCAGCGUUGGGAACGGGUGGCCACCGCUGUUCCAGGGAAGACUGUAAAUCAAUGCAAGAAAAAAUUUGCAUUAUUGAGGGAAAACUUCAGAAGCAAUAAAAGCACUGCUUAGUCACAUGAUUAACUCUGGCAGUGCCACGAAGCAAUAAAAUCUUCACUCGGAACUUGCUCGAGUACAACAUAUUUGUAGUGAAACCCACCUUUUUCCCUAGUUCCUAUAUUCCGGAUUCUGUUAUGCUAUUGAGGUCCCGUAGCUGUAUGUUUUCAGCAGGAAAUAGCUUAUUUAUUGAUAUAAAUAUCCUACAUUGCCAUGGUUUUCUGUGUAGCAGUAUUUUGCAUGGAUUCCAAUAACAAUGGCUACUUUUGUUUUAAA